CUGGAAGGGAUGCGAAUGCGUGUUGCAGCCGAUCACUCGCGUCAGGCCGUGUUGAAAUUCUCGUCGCUCCCCGGAUGAGGAAAAGUCACGUGCUGGAGCAGCGAUGGCCAAUGGGAAGAGGGUUGGCAUGGCAACAAGGGCCGAGAGAAGCAGGCUCCUCCUCUGAACUAGUUGGCGGGAGACUGGUCGGGGAAUAGGGGGACUGAGAUUUGCCAAGAUGGAAAACAAAAGGAAGACUUCCCUGGGAGGUCCUGGUGUGGGGGAUCCUACUCUUUCCCAACGGAAAAGGCUACGAGGUGAUUGGGAGGAGGAUGGCCCCUCACAGUUUGAAGAGGAACUGGCUUUCCUGGAUGAGGUGGAGACAGAGAUGGCUCUGGAGGUGAAGGAAGCACAGUUGACACCUGAUGCCAUCCCUCUUGGUAAUCUUUUCUCAUCGGUGCGGAAUCCAAAGUGGCAGAGGCCACUGCCUCCCAAAAUAAAUCCCAAAGAGGAGGCUCUGUGUUUCCAGCAAGUGGAACUGGAUUAUUAUGUGGGUUCUCACCUCCCUGGAUUCCCAGGAGCCACCCAGGGUCCAGUUCCUGUGUUGCGGAUGUUUGGUGUCACUCUAGCUGGCAACAGUAUCUGCUGCCAUAUCCAUGGUUUUGCCCCCUAUUUCUAUGUUCCUGCCCAGGCUGGAUUCCAAGCAGAGCACCUGGCUGACUUUCAGCGGGAACUGAAUGCAGCUGUCAUCCGCGACAUGCGAUCCAAUAAAGAUGGUGUGAGCCAAGUUGUUCUGGCAGUGGAGAUCUGCAACAAACAAAACAUGUACGGCUACCAUGGCGAGCAUCUUGUACCCUUCCUGAAAAUUACUAUGGCAAUGCCCCGACUAAUCGCUCCAGCCAAGAGAUUGCUGGAACAGGGACUACGGUGUGGGACAUUGGGAGUGCACCACUAUCAAGCCUAUGAAUCCAAUAUUGACUUUGAAAUCAGGUUCAUGGUGGACCAAGAUGUUGUUGGCUGCAAUUGGAUUGAACUGCCUGCUGGAAAGUAUCGCCUGCGACAAGAACAGCCGGCUGGAGAAUCCAGCAAGGAGAAUCCGCCCAAGGUGUCACUCUGUCAGAUGGAGGCUGAUGUGGCCUGGAUGGAUUUUAUUAGCCACCCGCCUGAGGGAGAGUGGCAACGCAUUGCCCCUUUGCGUGUGCUCAGUUUUGAUAUUGAAUGUGCUGGUCGCAAAGGCAUUUUUCCUGAACCGGAGAAAGACCCAGUGAUCCAGAUUGCCAAUAUGGUCCUCCGCCAGGGGGAGAAGGAUCCUUUCGUGCGCAAUGUCUUCACCUUGCAGAACUGUGCCACUAUUGUUGGUUCCCAAGUGCUCUGCUUCCAGAAGGAGGAGGAACUGCUCAAGGCUUGGGCAGAAUUCAUACGAACAGUGGACCCUGACAUCAUUACUGGUUAUAACAUCCAGAACUUUGACCUUCCUUAUCUCAUCAGCCGUGCCCAGACCCUCAAGGUCCAGAUGUUUCCCUUUUUGGGCCGUAUUCCUGCACGUAAGUCUGUCAUCCGUGAUUCUUCCUUCCAGUCCAAGCAGAUGGGCCGGCGGGAGAAUAAAGUCAUUAACAUGGAAGGCAGAGUCCAGUUUGAUCUGCUUCAGGUUUUGCUGCGGGAUUACAAAUUGCGCUCAUAUACAUUGAAUGCUGUCAGUUAUCACUUUUUGCAAGAGCAGAAAGAAGAUGUGCAGCACUCUAUUAUCACAGACUUGCAGAAUGGUUCGGACCAAUCCCGCCGUCGGCUGGCCGUGUACUGCCUCAAGGAUGCCUACCUGCCCCUGCGGCUUCUGGAGAAGCUCAUGUGUGUCAUCAACUACAUGGAGAUGGCAAGAGUCACUGGUGUCCCUCUUAGUUAUCUUCUGGCACGUGGCCAGCAAAUCAAGGUUGUCUCUCAGCUCUUGCGCCAGGCCAUGAAACAGAAUCUGGUUAUGCCGGUGGUAAAGUCAGAAGGUGGCGAAGAUUAUGCUGGUGCCACUGUCAUUGAACCGCUGAAAGGCUAUUAUGAUGUGCCCAUAGCCACCUUGGACUUCUCCUCCCUGUACCCUUCUAUCAUGAUGGCUCACAACCUGUGCUAUACUACACUGUUGCAACAGGGGGCGGUUGAGCGCUAUGGGCUUUUGUCAGAGCAGUUCAUUCGCACCCCAACUGGGGAUCAUUUUGUGAAGGUGUCUGUUCGCAAAGGGCUGCUGCCUGAGAUCUUGGAGAACUUGCUGGCUGCCCGUAAGAGGGCCAAGGGUGAGCUGAAGCAGGAGACUGAUCCAUUCAAGCGCCAAGUGCUGGACGGACGGCAGCUGGCCCUCAAGGUCAGCGCCAACUCUGUUUAUGGCUUCACUGGAGCCCAAGUGGGCAAGCUGCCUUGCCUUGAGAUCUCUCAGAGUGUGACUGGUUUUGGGCGUCAGAUGAUUGAGAGGACGAAGCAGCUGGUGGAAUCCAAGUAUACUGUUGCCAAUGGUUACAGCGCUGAUGCUAAGGUAGUAUAUGGGGACACAGACUCCGUCAUGUGCCGACUGGGCGUGCCCUCAGUCGCUGAGGCUAUGGAGAUAGGCCGGGAUGCAGCUGCCUGGGUCUCCAGCCAUUUCACUCCCCCCAUCAAACUGGAGUUUGAGAAGGUGUACUUCCCUUACCUCCUGAUCAAUAAGAAGCGCUAUGCUGGCCUUUAUUUCUCCUCCAACCCUGACAUGCAUGACAAGAUGGACUGUAAGGGCAUCGAGACGGUGCGUCGAGACAACUGCCCCCUAGUGGCAAACCUCAUCAACACUUGUCUGCAGAAGCUGCUCAUAGAUAGGGACCCUGCCGGUGCUGUGGCCCAUGCCAAGGAGGUGAUCUCUGAUCUGCUGUGCAACAGAGUUGACAUCUCGCAGUUGGUGAUCACCAAGGAACUGACACGCACGGCGGAUGAAUAUGCAGGGCGCCAGGCUCAUGUGGAGCUGGCUGAACGGAUGCGUCGGCGAGAUCCUGGCAGCGCUCCCAACCUGGGGGACCGAGUACCGUAUGUCAUCAUCGGUGCUGCCAAAGGCGUUGCAGCGUACAUGAAAUCUGAAGAUCCCAUCUAUGUGCUGGAGAAUAACUUGCCUAUUGACACUCAGUACUACCUGGAGCAGCAGCUUGCCAAGCCCCUCUUGCGCAUCUUUGAGCCUAUCUUGGGAGAGGGGAAGGCACAGAAUGUUCUGCUGAAGGGGGAACACACCCGCUGCAAAACGGUGCUGACAGCCAAAGUUGGAGGGCUCAUGGCUUUUGCUACUAAACGAAGCACCUGCAUUGGUUGCCGGGCCGUGCUCAACCACCAUGGUGCCGUGUGCAAGUUUUGUCUGGGCCGCCAGUCUGAGCUUUACCAGAAGGAGGUGACCCAUCUGAGCUCUCUGGAGGAGAAGUUCUCGCGCUUGUGGACGCAGUGCCAGCGGUGCCAAGGGAGCCUGCACGAGGAUGUGCUCUGUACCAGCCGUGACUGCCCCAUCUUUUACAUGCGGAAGAAAGUGCAGAAGGACCUUGAUGACCAAGAAGUGCUGAUUUCACGCUUUGGGCCCCCCACGUGGUGAUACCUCCUUGACCUAUAUUUCAUCAGACUGAAAUCCACCACUGCUCAUUCCCUUUGAAAAGGGGGAGGCAAAGGCUCAGUGAGGCCUGAUUAUUUUCCAGAAGAAAAUUGUUCCUGUUCUGUUCUAGACAUGGCUUUUGUUGUCAGACUCAGGGGCAGAAGGUCUCUAAAUAUUGAAGGAUAGCCUAGGAAAACUCCCUUGAGAUAAUUUGCGGAGGGGUGGGAGGGUUAUGUUUUUGUAAUAUGAAUUUCUACCAAUAAAGAUAUUUCUUCUUUUCUAUAUGCAAGUGGCUUAUGUGGGAUAACCUGGAAAACUCUUGAAUUCUAUGGAAGGACUGGAGGAUGGCAGAAGUCAGAUCUGGUUUAGUGGAAGUGAUUGUAGGGGCUAGGAGACACUUAUGGGCCACAUACUCAACAGCUGAAACAAACAGUAUGGACAGCUGUAAAGCUGGUACAACUGAUUUAUAUUUCCAGGUGUUGCAUUAAUGUUUAGGGUUUGCUUUUGUUUUUUCCUGGGGGAAAUUUACAUCAUCAGUACCCAUUAAACAAACACAAGAAGAGCCCUGCUGCAUCAAACCAAAGGCCUGGUCCAGCAUCCAGUUUCCUGCAGUGGCCAAAGAGAUGCUUAUGGGAAGCCCUCUAGCAGAACACGAGGGCAAAGGCCUUCUCCCACUGUUGAUCCCCAGCAGCG